CUCCCCGCCGGAAGUGGCCGGCGGCCAUGUUGGCCGCGGGGGAAGCGGUGGCCCGGAGCCCCCUAAGAUGGAGGAGCGGCGCCCGCCGGGGGUCCGCGGGCCGAGCUGGGGCCAUACAGCGGCGCUAGGGUUUGUACCAUAGACAGCUACUUCACUGCCACCAUGUCUUCAACCUCAACACAAUAUCCAGCAUUUGAAAAUGCCAGCAGAAUUGCACAUGGACAGCCGCAACAGGUACGACCAAGACUGCCCUUCUUGAGGAUUCUGCAAGCUGCAGGUGCACAAGGUGAAACCUUCACAUUGAAAGAGGUCAUGCAUUACCUAGGACAGUAUAUCAUGGUGAGGGAGCUAUACGACAAGCAAGAACAACACAUAGUGCACUGUGGAGGGGAUCCGCUGAGAGAACUGAUGGGACUGGACAGCUUUUCAGUCACAAAUCCACGCCCAGUUUAUGACAUGUUGAGAAGGAACCUGCUUUCGGCUACUGUUACAGAUGCUGCACAGACUCUUGUUCACGCAAAGGAUCAGAGCAUCGAUAACGCAAGCCGAGACCAGCCGAAGAGCAGCACAGAGGGAGUUUCUGACGUUGGGAGAACAGAGGGUGAAAGCAAUGCUCCUGCUUUGUCUACCUCAGAGCACAAAUCUGGCAAUUGUGAAGAAAAAGACUUACUAGAAAGCAACUUAAAAAGUAGAAGCCCUAAACCUGACUUGGCCUUGGAGGAAUGGGAUGUAGCUGGUCUUCCAUGGUGGUUUAUAGGCAAUCUAAAAAACAACUAUGGGGCCAGAAGUAGUGGAUCAACAGACAUACAGAAUAACCAGGACAUAGACACUGCCAUUGUUUCAGAUACUACUGAUGAUUUGUGGUUCCUUAAUGAAUCUGCGCCGGAUCAGCUUAAUGUCAUAGCCGAAGCAGAGACAGCUGACUGUGAAGAAGGGAAAGAGAGUGACAAACAGGAGACUGAGGCAACGUAUUUUAAUGACUCUGAAGAUUCUCAGUGCUUAGAUGAUGAUGUGGAUACAGAAAUUCCCUCUGAGGAGUGUUGGCAGUGCAGCAAGUGCAAGAAGUUUAACUCUCCAGUCAAACGGUACUGUUACCGCUGCUGGGCCUUAAGGAAGAACUGGUACUCGGAUUGCCCCAAACUCGUUCACUCUUUAUCCAUGUCCAAUAUUGAUGCUAUGCAAGAUAAAAAUGAUGACAAGGGGAUUGAUGUUCCAGACUGCAGGAGAACUGUUUCUGCUCCAGUUGGCCAAGCCAAACACCCAUUUUUGGUAGAAGGCAAGUCUCACAUGGAUCCCUGCAGUUCCAUCAAGUCCAUGGAUUUAGCGGAGGAUUGCAGCAGCCAAGAGACACUGGUGAAUUUUGGCAAGCAUGAAGAGAAGGAAAAAGAAUCUUUUGACAAUAUCAAACAACUGUUGGAUCCCUGCCUCGUAUGCCAGAAGAGACCACGGAAUGGGAAUAUUGUCCAUGGCAAGUCUGCUCACCUAGUGGCCUGUUUCAGAUGUGCAAAAAUGCUGAGAAAAGGAAGAUCACCUUGUCCAGUUUGCAAGAAAGAAAUCCAUGGGGUGAUCAAAGUCUUUAUGGCAUAACCGUGCUGGCUUCUUACAGACAAAAAAAAGUGAAAAACCGAUGCUUUACUUUCAGCUCUGCACACCCCUGCACUGACUGCAGUGCAUGCCCAGAAGAGGCAUCACAUUAGAUUUGUAUAGAUUUAAUAUAUAUCUGUAUAGAUCAGGCCCUUCAGCGGGGCUUUUUGGUGCUUUUAUCUAACAACUGAUUGAAUGUGCAUUAGAUAAAAGCACCAAAAAGCCCUGCUGAAGUGCCCGAUCUCUACAGACUCUAGAGAGCCUGGUCAAAUUGAUGUACUGCCUCUUCUGGUAAAGUAUUUCGUUCCCGCCCCCCCC